AAUUCUACUCUUAACUUCACAAGAAUAUUUUUUUUCAGUGGAGAAGGGACAAAAAGAAUAUUUCUUCUCAGCUCCAGAGUGAUUUCUCAUAAAACAGAUUUGUAAAAUCAUUAAAAAAAAAUAUUGAUAUCAAUGAUAUGUUUUCAUUGCAUUUGGCAUUGGGAUCGAUGUACUUCAAUAUCAAAACGAACAUGUAUUUCUUACUAUAUCUCGUAUUCUUGUGUUGGAGAACUUCUUGCUGUUUUCGAUGUCUCGACAUCUGUGACUGUGUGAGGAGGGGCUAUGCAGUAAAUAUAGAAUGCACUGAGCGUAACCUUGAUGUUGUCCCAGAAAACCUCAGAUGUGACGUUGGCAAACUUGACUUGAGAAGAAACUUCAUCACUUCACUACAUAAAGAGUCUUUUCCCUGCCAACGGGAAAUGGUUUUGCUCCUUCUGUCCCACAAUCAACUAAGCUACAUUGAAGAGAAUACUUUUGAUGACACGCCAAAACUGGCAUUUAUCGUGCUUGAUUCAAAUUUUCUUCAGAACGUUCCAUACCUUGGUUCCUUACCUCUUAUUAUUGAGAUAUCAGUCAGCCGCAAUCAUAUCACCAAGUUGCAUCAUCCGAUACUUCGUAAUACCUCACAAACGGACCUUUCAUUGAUUCAAUUAGCAUUUAACAAACUCGAGAAACUACCCAAAAUUCACUUUAGAGUAUCAGCUUUGAAUUUGAAAGGAAAUGCUAUUACUGAUAUUUCAACGAAAAUGCUUGCAUAUCCAAGGGCUAUAUCGGAUCUUGACAUAUCACAUAAUGAAGUUGACUACAUGGACAAUCUACAACCAAUGGAGAACCUCAAGACACUUGCACUGGAAUUCAAUUUCAUACGAAGCAUUAGUGACACUGCGUUCAGUCACCUUCCUUCUCUUGAAACAAUCAACCUCGAAAGAAAUUACAUUGUGGAUGCCUUGCCCUUCAAGAAUAUGAAAGACAUAAAGCACAUCUUCUUAAACAACAACCACUUAAGGUUUAUAGGUGCACCAGCAUUCACUAAUAUUCCAAACAUAAUAAGCAUAGAUUUAACAGGCAAUAACAUAAUCAAUUUCAAAUAUGAAGCUUCCUUCCUCACAUCAGUAACACUCAUUCUUUGUAACAACAACUUGCUAAAAAUGAACAUAUCAAAUGGAAGGAAUAACUCGAAAGUGGAAUAUCUUAAUGUCAAGCACAAUAAACUGGAAACACUUCCGCUACUUCAUUUUCCCUUGCUGAAUUCGCUUUGGGCUGAAGACAAUAUGAUAACAAAUGUACAAUUUGGUGUCAACGGUCAUCAAAAUAUAAAGUAUAUACAUUUGACUAACAACCAAAUAAGAAACCUCACCAGUUUUAGAACUUUGUCAAAUCUAAAGGAGAUAGUGCUUGUUAAGAAUUUCAUAACAACCUGGGAUGAUACAUAUUUGAUAGGCUCAUCCCAAUUACUCAGUCUGAUACUGAGCAAUAACAAACUGUCAGAAUUAUCUACCUUUACACCAUUAGCACAUCUCCAAGAGUUAAAUUUGUCCGGCAAUAUGCUUCACACCAUACACAAGUCAACAUUCAAUUCCACACCUCAACUUUCUGUGUUAAACCUCAGCCAAAAUGAAAUCUGCAGUCUCGCUUUUCUUGGCUCAAUGUCGUUUCUUGUUGAACUUGAUAUCAGUCAUAACAGACUAAGCGUAAUAAACCCAAACGACUUUUCGAGUAUAGUAAACCUCCAACAUUUGGAUUUAUCAUUUAAUUUCAUCACAGAGAUUAAUAUAAUAACACCAAUCAUGCACACUCUUCAAAAUCUUGAUAUUAGUCACAAUCAGUUGACUGAUUUUAACUUGAAUAACUUAUUAAAUCAAGAAACAUUUCUUUAUCUUAAUAUAGAGGGCAACCACAUUACUCGGGUCAUUUCAGUAGCUAAACAUGUAUAUAUAAACAUCAACAGUAAUGCCAUCGGAUUUUUCAAUUCAAGUUCAAUAUCUGGAAGGAAUAUUUUAGCAUGCAGUAAUAACCUUAAAAACUUCAAACAGGUAAUGAUUUCAUCAGAAUUACAAGGGCUUUUCCUAAGUCUAAAUCAGAUUGCCUCUAUACCCAACUUCACAUUCAUCUCAGCAUCCUCGCUUUUGUUUCUUCAUUUGGAUGAUAACCACAUAGCUCAUAUAUCUUCUUUAGCCUUCUUUGGUCUACAGAGAGUCCACAGAAUAAAUCUGGAAAGAAAUAAUCUGGUGUCCCUUCCACCUGGAGUGUUCUCAUAUAUCCCAAGGCUCAGGUAUCUUAGACUGGGGGACAAUCCUCUAACGUACAUUUCAAAUCGGCCAUUUUCACAGAUCAACGGCCUCUAUGGGGCAUACCUCGGUCGCUUUCCAUUCUCAAACAUAACCACGGAGGUAUUGCAAGAUCUUCAAUUGGUGGAAUUUCUAGAUGUCUCAGAGAAUUCCGCCUUUCGAGCAUUCUUCAUCAACAACCAGGAAAACUUGUCCAUCCCAGAAUUCCCUAAUCUUCUCAUCUUAAAUCUCUCCUCAAAUGACCUUGGAUCUCACUGUGCAGUGAUGUCAAUGAAGCAGGUAGAGAUUAUCGAUUUGUCCAACAAUAGCUUAAUUUCAAUUCCAAAGGAUUGUCUGCCACAAUAUAGCAAGGCAUACACACUCUAUCUAUCUGGGAAUAAAAUCAUGAACAUUUCUCGAGAUGCAUUUCACAAGCAUCAUAGAUUUUGGAACCUUGAUCUUGCAGACAAUCGUAUUGUGUUCUUUGAAUGGGGCUCCUUACAGUAUCAAACAUACCUAUUGGAGAUAAAUCUUGCAGGCAACAGACUUUCCAAACUUGACCUUGGGUUCUUGACAUUCUCUGUGAAGAUGAUAAUGAUGAAUCUUCACGAUGUUCCAUGGUCCUGUGAUUGCGACCUCAUCAGAGCAGCUCGUAAACUUAAUCAAUACAAUAAGAUAAUAUGUGAAGAUCCUCUGCUUCAUGUGAAAUCUACCUUGACAGAAGAGGCCCUUGCUGACAAUCUACGAUGUCGACUUCAACUGUGCUCUGGACCAGAUCAAACUCUGCUUUCGUUUGUUGGCGAUACAAUGGUUGAACUACCUUGCCCUGUCAUCACGCCAAACUUCAUUUAUUGGUCAGUUACAUUUAACAGACAGCAACCAAUCUCUAUUGGUAACACCACCCCUCAUCAUGCUCAUGGGGUUUCUGUUCUUCCCCAUGGUGCUCUCCUUAUUAAAUAUGUGACUAAAAACAUAACUGGCAUUUACACAUGCUGGAGUGAGAAUGAAUUUGGGAGAACAAAGUUCACUAUCAACAUGCUCGUUCAGGAAGAGGCGUGGAAUACAAACAAAUUGAGUAAUAAAGGUGCAUGUUCAAACUUUACAUCAAUGUCGGUGAGAAGGUGGAAGAAGACACUGCAAUGUGGGUACAAAUCUUCAGCAACUACAAUCAAAAGCUCUUAUGACCUCUUGCUUUCACUGAUAUUGGCAAUCCAUUCAUUGAUUUUAUAAAAAACAAUUGGUUAAAAUUAGAAAUUUGCUGGGUUAAUGAAAAAUAUAGAAAUAAACAGUAAUUCAGUAAAGCAGUACUUUGUUAAUAGGACAGAAAAAAUGGCAUGCAGAAAUAGACUUCUGCAACCCAUGAAUGUUCUCAACUCUAUUAUAUAUAUCUUUAUCCAAGCACUUACAUUUUUAAUAGAAAAGAUAAAUAACUACAAUGGCUUUUAAACUUCAUUUCAAUUUGAUUUUGGAAUAGCUACAGAAUUUGUAAAAGUCUCCCUGAGUUAUAGUUAAUGGUCAUUUGUUCAUUCCUCGUUUCUUCUCCUCCCUC